AGGAGCAGGGAGGAGGCCCCGGCCAUGUUUGGGCUGGAGGGGAGGACGGAGGAGGUGGAGGCUUGAUAAACGCCGCCACAGCUGAUCCCCUCUCACUUCUGUCCUGCCCCCCCCACGUCCCAGCAGGCCUUGCACCGCAGCCACGUGUGACUCGGAGUCGUCGUAGUGUCGUCGUUCGCCCACAGCGCCCCCUGCAGUCAUGUGUGACGACGAGGAGAGCACCGCUCUGGUCUGUGACAACGGCUCCGGACUGUGUAAGGCCGGGUUCGCCGGAGACGACGCCCCCAGAGCCGUCUUCCCCUCCAUAGUGGGCCGGCCCAGACACCAGGGGGUGAUGGUGGGCAUGGGGCAGAAGGACAGCUACGUCGGGGACGAGGCCCAGAGUAAGAGAGGCAUCCUGACCCUGAAGUACCCCAUCGAACACGGCAUCAUCACCAACUGGGACGACAUGGAGAAGAUCUGGCAUCAUUCCUUCUACAACGAGCUGCGAGUGGCUCCAGAGGAACAUCCCACCCUGCUGACGGAAGCACCGCUCAACCCCAAAGCCAACAGGGAGAAGAUGACACAGAUCAUGUUCGAGACCUUCAACGUUCCGGCCAUGUACGUGGCCAUCCAGGCCGUCCUGUCGCUGUACGCCUCCGGUCGCACCACAGGAAUCGUCCUGGACUCCGGCGACGGCGUCACCCACAACGUGCCGAUCUACGAGGGCUACGCUCUGCCUCAUGCCAUCAUGAGGUUGGACCUGGCGGGACGCGACCUCACCGACUACCUCAUGAAGAUCCUGACCGAGAGGGGCUACAGCUUCGUCACCACCGCUGAGAGGGAAAUCGUCCGCGACAUUAAGGAGAAGCUGUGCUACGUGGCGCUGGACUUCGAGAACGAGAUGGGGACCGCCGCCACCUCGUCGUCCCUGGAGAAGAGCUACGAGCUGCCCGACGGACAGGUCAUCACCAUCGGCAACGAGAGGUUCCGCUGCCCCGAGACGCUUUUCCAGCCCUCCUUCAUCGGUAUGGAGUCGGCCGGCAUCCACGAGACGACCUACAACAGCAUCAUGAAGUGCGACAUCGACAUCCGUAAAGACCUGUACGCCAACAACGUCCUGUCGGGAGGAACCACCAUGUACCCGGGGAUCGCAGACCGCAUGCAGAAGGAGAUCACCGCCCUGGCCCCCAGCACCAUGAAGAUAAAGAUCAUCGCCCCCCCUGAGAGGAAGUACUCGGUGUGGAUCGGCGGCUCCAUCCUGGCGUCCCUGUCCACCUUCCAGCAGAUGUGGAUCAGUAAGCAGGAGUACGACGAAGCCGGACCCUCCAUCGUCCACCGCAAGUGCUUCUAGAAGCCCCGCCCCUGCCCCUAGCCCCUCCCUCUGCACCGUCUUACCGUAGCCCUCACCGAGCGCAGAUUAGCACCAGCGACAGGUCUGAGAUCAGCCCCCCAGUCAUUAUUUUAACGGGAAAACGUCCCUGUAACGUUCUGUUUUCGGCCCAAGCCUCGCCCCCUCUCUGCUCACCUGUAAAACUGUGAAUGUGCUUGUCCUCCAUCUUUAACCCCGCCCACCUCCACCUCCACUCCCCGCCCCCUAACCUCCAUGUUGGUACUGUUUGUUGUCGAUAAGUGUGUUUGUAUUUUUGAUGAAUAAAGCUUGAAUGUUUCCCGCCGGUUGUUUUCUUCCACGGUCGGCGUCGAACGCACUCACGCGGCGCUUGGAUGUGAUGUCACAGCUGUUGAACUAUGGGUAGGAUUAGAACGGGGGGGCGUGUCCUGAACACAAACUUGUAGAAGAAGAAGUGAAAGUUGGUUUUGUCUUGUGAAUGUGAUGUGACGUCGACAACAUGGAAGUGACGGUCGAAUGCCCCAGGAAGACAAAUAAAAGAGCUCAUACAGGAAA